AUAUAUAUAAUUCUUUUAUAAGAUUUAUAUUUAAUGCAUUAAAUUAAAUUAAGUAAAUAUUACAUUUGGCGCAUUAUAUUAAAUAAUAUAUAUGUAUUUCCACAUUUUUUGAUGAGAAUAUAUGACGAAUGGCGGGAAUUGAACACGUGUCCGUUGCUUAGCGACAAAUGAGCAAACAUGGCAUAGCUUCCAUCUAAGGAAAGAAUGGCAAAUUUUUAACGUUUUACCGAAUCAUUUUAUAUCGUUCAAAAUUUUUUAAGAGGGAAAGUAGCUUCUCUGUGUUUUAAUAAUUAUUUCUCAUUAGAUCAUAAUCAUUGAAAAUUGUAUAUUUGAAUUUUUCAUCAGAAAUGACAAAAUGCAUAAAAAAGGAGGUUAAUCUAAAGAGCAGCACCUACAAUCAAAAGGGAGAGAGAUAUUAUAAUCAAAUAAUAGCGUACAAUUCGAUGAGCAAACAUUUACGACGGGUUUUAUCGGCGAAAAGUGUUAUCAACUCGAGAAAUAAAAAUUACUUGUUAAAGAAACAGCGAUACAAGGUACAAGAAACUAGCGAUGAGACAAUCUGUUUGAAUUCGAAAACGAUAGACAAUGUGAUUAAUAGAUUAGCCUAUGAUACUCUGCACCAUCCUAGGGAUAUAUUAAGAAUAAGUUUGAAGUAUGAGAAUGGUUGCAAUUGCAAUUCAGAUUAUCAGCAAUCGAAAGUUUUUCGUGGCCGAACAUGUUGCGAACAAAUGAGUCAUCGAUCGACUUCGAAAAGUUAUAGAACGGUGUCACCGGCGACGAUAUGUUCGCCGAGAUAUAAAAGAGUUAAGAUGAGUUCUGCUAGCGGAAAAAAAUCAAAAUGCAUGCGAGAGAUUUCUCGUAUAAUCGAUCCAUCGACAUACUAUUCACAACAGAGAAAAUGUAGGUAUGAAGAAGAGUCGUUCUACCCUUGCACAACUGCUGCAUUAGAUUCAUCGGCAUUUAAAUCAGAAUCUCAAUCUCUGAUACAAGAAAUAAUUGAUCGUCGCUCGAUAUCCUCGAAUGCCUCACAAUGCAAUGAUUACGAUUACGAUGACCAAUCUGUCGAAUUAAAGCAUGUCUCAAAACAACUCUUAUCUCCAAAAAAGGAAGAGAAGGAAUAUGUCAAAUUCAUCUAUAACAUUACUAAAGAAAUAAUAGAAAAAGGUUUUUAUACCGAUAAAGAAUUGCGGAAUGUAUUUAAGAAGCAUAUUGAUUUAUAUAAAGGAAUAUUAAAUAUGAAUAAAAUGCUACAAGAGAUUUAUCAGUUAAAAAUCUCCUUGAACAUGACGGACGAUUCAGACACCGACGACGAAUUGGAAGAGCUGAUUAACGCACAAAAAUUGUUGAGCAUAUCGGAGAUUAGGCCGCCCACACCGCCGAAAAUUCUGGAUGACAAUAAAGUGAUGGAGAAGCUGGAGUCUUAUCAAAAAAUGUCUCAGGGAUCGCAAGAAUAUUGCAAACAAUAUUGCACUAAGUCAGUGACAUUGGUCGAUGCGAAUCCCGAUCUAUUUGUCACGGAGAGAGAUGUGCUGACAUCGUUGGUGGAAGUGGGUAUCGAUCCCAAACAGGUUCAACAUAUAUGCAAGAAUCUGCGCUGCAAGAGCAGAGAUAAUAAUAUGAUGCAAACAACAAAGGAAGUUUCAUAUCCUUUGAAUUUGGAAGUGAACGAUUUAGAGAAAUUGCAAAAUAACAAUAGACAGAUUUCUCCCGAGAUCAAAAUAGUCAAGAGCGCCCACGAUUCUGUCGCGGAUAAUUCGCCUAGGUCUUUGGAAGAACAAGAUAUCCACUUCAAACUGAACUUAGUAUUCACACAACAAGAGACAGAAGUUGAGACACAAAAGGAGAUAAAAUCUGAAACUAAACUCGAAAAUGACAAAGUGGACUCGUAAAAUGAACUGUUAAAUAUUUUUAUGUUUUAUCGGAAACUCGUUUCUAUUUCUGUUGUUAAGAAACAUUUGAUUUCAAUGCAAUAAUCGUUAUAAUAUUGCUUUUGUAUGUAUAUAAUGCUUGAAUAACUUACUACAUUAGCAAUGAAAUAAACAUUGGAUAUGCAAUUUUUUAGUUCAUGCAAAAGAAUACGAUUCGCUUGUCAUUUAAUACGCUGAUUUUACUAAUGUAGUAUAGGAAUCGAGCACACUAAUUAUCAUAUUCAUGUACACGUUUCUUUUAUUCAUAUAUAUAUUUCUUUUCUUACAUUGAAUUUCACCAUACAUCUGUGUGAGAAUUUGUUGCAUUUCAAACAAGCUGAAUUCUCAACAGAGAUAAAAUAUACACAGUGAAAAAAUAGACAUAUAUAUUUAUACCUGUACAUAUACAACCUCUUUUGUGCAUAUCUAUGUACAGAUAUACAAAUGUUACGCGUUUGUACAACAGGAGAUUUUUACAUGAUACAUCAUUUGGACAUAUCUUUAAUGUAUAUAUUAUAGUAUAAUUUUUCUUGCUAAAGAGAGACAGGCUAAGAUAACUGCAUAUGUAUUAUGCAUUUUGUUUUUUUACAGCUACUGGCUCUGCUUGUGCAUUCAUUUUGUACAUGAGUUUCAUUCCCUUUAUCCGCUAUAUAACUGAAGUAUCUUACAGUUAUUUAACAUCGAGAAGGUAACUAAAAAAUAUCUCAUUUGGUACCUGCGAUAGACUUCGAUAAAUGAAUAAAUGUCAACUACAAAUAUAA